AUGAACUCGCUCCGCCUCCUCUCCAGAAACGUGCACAACGUCGCCCGCAUGAACUCAUCGGCACGCUUCUUGAACGGCCAGGUCAACGACGCUAGCGACGAGACCUUCCAGAAGUUGAUCUCUGUCAAGGAGACCGUCAUCGUCGACUUCCACGCCAAUUGGUGCAGACCUUGCCACAUGUUGGACCCCAUUAUCCGUGAUGCUGUCAAGUCUACCAGCGGAACCACUCUUGUCCGCGUUGAUGUCGAUGAGUGCCCCAAGAUCGCUGCCAAAUACAGUAUUGCUAGCAUUCCUGCCGUGUUUGCGUUGAAGAACGGUGAUGUUGCUGGCAAAUUUGUUGGCGCCCUCCCCAAGAACGCUGUUAAGGAGUUUGUCGAGUCCCACGCCACCAAGGCAUAG